AUGGCUCUUGCUCAAGCAUGCACCAUUAAUGUUCGCGUUGCCCGUGACUCUACUGUUUCAUACAACGGUAUGACCUGCGACAACAACAUCCCCUGCAACUCGAUCCCGUUCGGCUUGGACAAGGCUCUUACGGCGUUCAGAGGCAACCGCGACUUCGAGCGCGUUCUACUGGGAUUUGACUUGCCUACUACCAAGCCGAUUUCCAAGUGUGUCCUCAAGAUCCCGACUCCAAUUGAGGUUGCCACAACUGGCGAGUACACGCUGACCGCCUUAGUUACAGAUAACAACUGGAACGAGACCGCUGUGGCUGGUGCUAACAAGGAUAUGAGUGGAACACAAGUUGGCUCGGUCAAGGUUGUGGCUGGCCAGACCCCUGGCGACAUCGAUGUCACCUCUGCCUGCCAGAAUGCUAAGGAUGACAAGCUCAGCCUCUUUAUCGAUACCAGCUUCCCCAUGGUUCGCUUCAAUUCCAUCCAGUCGGGAAGCCCUGCCAUCUUCUCCCUUGACAUCACGUACUGA